AUGAGGCCCAACAGGUCUCAAGAGGAAAGCACUGAGGGAGAUGCCGGGAGAACAGAGCGGAAGCCCACGGCCAAAGAUGCUUUCAAAGACAUCUCCGUAUACUUCUCCAAGGAAGAAUGGGAAGAGAUGGGAGAAUGGGAAAAAAUCCGAUAUAGGAAUGUGAAAAGAAACUACGAAGCGCUGAUUGCUAUAGGUUUCAGAGCCACUCGACCAGCUUUCAUGCAUCACCGCAGGCAGCUCAUCAAACCCCAGGUAGAUGACACUGAGGAUUCUGAUGAAGAAUGGACACCAAGGCAGCAAGGUAAACUUUCUUCGAUGGCCUUCAGAGUAAAGCACAGUAAACACCAGAAGGGAAUGUCCAGGGCAUCAUUAAGCAAGGAAUCUAGUUUGAAGGAAUUGCCAGGAGCAGCAAAAUUGCUGAAGACAAGUGGCUCCAAGCAAGUGCCCCCUCCCAGAAAAGCAAGGACCCCUGGACAGCACCCCAGAGAAAAAGUCGAACUCAGAAGAAAGGAGACUGGAGUGAAGAGGUACAGUCUACGAGAAAGAAAGGGCCACGUGUACCAAGAGGUCAGCGAGCCCCAGGAUGACGACUACCUCUAUUGUGAGGAGUGUCAGAACUUCUUCAUCGACAGCUGUGCUGCCCAUGGGCCCCCAACGUUUGUAAAGGACUGUGCAGUGGAAAAGGGGCAUGCCAACCGCUCAGCCCUCACUCUGCCCCCUGGGUUAAGCAUCAGACUGUCAGGCAUCCCUGACGCUGGGCUUGGAGUGUGGAACGAGGCGUCCGAUCUGCCGCGGGGCCUGCACUUUGGCCCCUAUGAGGGCCAGAUCACAGACGAUGAAGAGGCCGCCAACAAUGGGUACUCCUGGCUGAUCACCAAAGGGAGAAACUGCUACGAGUAUGUGGAUGGAAAGGACACGUCUUGGGCCAACUGGAUGAGGUAUGUAAACUGUGCCCGGGACGAUGAGGAGCAGAACCUGGUGGCCGUCCAGUAUCACGGGCAGAUCUUCUACCGAACCUGCCAGGUGGUCAGGCCGGGCUGUGAGCUGCUGGUCUGGUAUGGGGACGAGUAUGGCCAGGACCUUGGCAUCAAGCAGGACAGCAGGGGGAAGAGCGAGCUGCCGGCUGGGAUAGAACCAAAGCCCAAGAUCCACCCAUGUGCCUCCUGCUCUCUGGCCUUCUCCAGUCAGAAAUUCCUCAGCCAACACAUCCAACGGUCAUCACAGCAUCUGGACUCCAGAUUCGACCACAGGGUUCCAGUUCUCAGCCCUGCCCCCAGCAGCUGUAAUGGGCUCAGGAGGCUGAAGUCCGUCCGGCCACCAGAAGACACCAAGGGGAGAGUGGGCCACGGGGCGGGGGGCGGAGGCGGCCAGGCCUCACCUGACACCAUGACUGCCCUGCACGGGCACAAAGGACACCAGCAGUCACGGGACGGACAGCCAGCUGCCUCUGCCGCACGCUCCACCCUGACCACGGCGGCCCCACGGCUGUACCAGCCCCGCCUGUGCACGGCUCUGCUUGGCUGUUGGGGCUCAGGGACCCUGGCUUUCACCUCCUGGGUGCCUGCCAGCAAGGGGGUCCCAAGACACCAACUGGGGUUGGCGAAGGGCGAGCUGGAUGCCAGGGAACCCGAGACCCUGCAGCAGGACAACCUCUCUGGACCCCAGGUGGAGGUGCUGCUGCCCCCAGUGCCCACCUGGGUCUCAGGAGCCCCCAUCACUGAGUCAAACCGUCGGGUGCCCUCAGGGUGUGGGGACGAGAGCACAGGCCAGGCCCGGGGGGCCGCGCAGACCACGGCCGGUGCUGCGGCUGUAAAUGCGCCCUCCCCGCCCCCCAGGCAGAGACCACCGCCCCCUACAGACUGUCACCAGCCGGCAGGCCCGGCAAUCAUGCACUAG